AUGGCGGAGAAGAAGCUGCCGUCGGUGCCGACGCCCCCUCCUCCCAUCGUGCUCAUCCCCAAGGCCAUUGCCCACCCCCCGCUCCUCUUCAGCCCCGAGAACCCCCCUCGGCCGACCAUCUUCUCCUCUGAGCCCCCGACCCGCCCGUUCAUCUUCUGCCCCGAGAACCGGCCCCACUACCCCGCCAUCACCAGCUGCGUGCCCCGGCCCCAUCCCACCCUCUACCUCCGGGCCGAGCUCCCAGCGCAGCCCCGGGCCAUCCCCGCCGCCCCCGGGCCCCAGACGUGGCCCUCCAUCGUCCUGGCCGACAGCCCACCCCGGCCCCCUAUCGUGAUCCCGGGGGAGCCCCCGCCUCAGCCGCCCCCCUCGGUGGCCCACGAGCCCGUCCCGAAUCCUCCCAUAGUCCUCAACUCGGACCCCGUAGUGAUGCCGACCAUCGUCUGGGUGGAGGAGCCCCCUCCCAGCUUCCCCUCCAUCGUGGGCGUCAGGACGCCCAAACAGCCCCUUCGCUUGCCCACCCCGGGCUCUGAGCCCCCUCCUUCCCCCGACAGCUCAGCACCGUCCCCUCCCCCUGACAGCCCGGCGCCCUCCUCUCCCCCCGACAGCCCGACACCCUCUCGUAGCCCUCGUGCCUUCAUCACUUCUGGGGCCCGCCAGGAGUCCCCUCCUAGCCCCCUCGCCAUCAUCACCUCUGGGAAACCCUCGGAGCCCCCUCAGAGCCCCCGGGCCUUCGUCACCCCUGGGGCCCGCCAGCAGCCCCCUCCUCGUCCACGGGCCCCUAACAUUUUGGGGGGCCGCACGGAGCCCCCUCCUCGCCAACGGGCCAUGAGCAUCUCUGUGGAUCACCACUCGCCCCCUCCUCGCCAACGGGCCAUGAGCAUCUCUGUGGACCACCACUCGCCCCCUCCUCGCCCACCCGCCAUUGGCAGCUUGAGGGGUAGCUCCCAGCCCCCUCCUCGAACCCGAACACCAACUUUGAAAUCCAUUCUCAGGCGCCCAAGCAGGGAUGCUCAGUCCUCAGCGUUGGCAUCUCAGCCCUACUGGAUCAGUAUUCUGUCCCCUCCUCGUAAUCCUGUCCCCAAGAAUGAACCCAUUAUUUACCCCAACAUCAUCAAGGCUGAUCCUCCUCCUCGUGCUCCCUCCAUCAUCAAGUCUGUAUCCCAACCUCCCCCACCCUUACUCAAGGGUGAGCCUCAUCCUCCCACCCCUUCCACUGCCAGUUCUGAGUUCUUUCUUAAGCCCCCCAUCAUCCAGUUUGAGCCUUCAAUUCACAUCCCCCCCAUUAUCAGGUUUGAGUCCCCUAUCCUCAAGCCUAAGUCUCCUCCUGGUGCCCCCAUCAGGGAGGCUGUGACUCCUGACUUCAUCACCAAAGCCGAGCCUCCUCCUGACUCCUCCAUCUUCAGCUCUGAGCUUCUUCCUGACUCCUCCAUCAUCAGCUCUGAGCCUCUUCCUGACUUCUCCAUCACCAGGGCUGAGCUUCCUCCUGACUCCAUCAUCAGCUCUGAGUCUCCUUCUUAUGCCUCCAUCACCAGGACUGAGCCUCCUCCUGACUCCUCCAUCAUCAGCUCUGAGCCUCCUCCUGACUCCAUCAUUAGCUCUGAGCCUCCUCCUGACUCCUCCAUCACCAAGGCUGAGCCUUCUCCUGACUCCAUCAUCAGCUCUGAGUCUCCUUCUUAUGCCUCCAUCACCAGGACUGAGCCUCCUCCUGACUCCUCCAUCAUCAGCUCUGAGCCUCCUCCUGACUCUAUCAUCAGCUCUGAGCCUCCUCCUGACUCCUCCAUCAUCAGCUCUGAGCCUCCUCCUGACUCCUCCAUCAUCAGCUCUGAGCCUCCUCCUGACUCCUCCAUCAUCAGCUCUGAGCCUCCUCCUGACUCUAUCAUCAGCUCUGAGCCUUCUCCUGACUCCUCCAUCAUCAGCUCUGAGCCUCCUCCUGACUCCAUCAUCAGCUCUGAGCCUCCUCCUGACUCCAUCAUCAGCUCUGAGCCUCCUCCUGACUCCACCAUCAGCUCUGAACAUCCUUCUGACUCCUCUGUUACCAGUUCUGAGCCUCCUCCUGACUCAGUCAUCAGCUCUGAGCCUCCUCCUGACUCCUCCAUCAUCAGCUCUGAGCCUCCUCCUGACUCCAUCACCAGUUCUGAGCUUCCCCCUGACUCUUCCAUCAUCAGCUUUGAGCCUCCUCCUGACUCCUCUAUCACCAAGGCUGAUCCUCCUUCUGCCUCCAUCAUCAGCUCUGAAUAUCCUUCUGACUCCUCCAUCAUUAGCUCGGAGCCCCCUUAA